GACAGGCUCGUGCUUGGUUAAGGCUCCCUCCAGCUGCAGAGGGUGUUUUUGUUAGAACCACACAUUGAGCGAAACUACUUAGAAUAGAGCAAUGAUCUCAGUAGCGAAAUCUGAACUUUUAUGCUAGCAGGAGCAAACUGGGACUGAGCUCGAUUGUUUGUUUGUUUGCUCUUUCAUUUUGGGGUUGUUUUUUUUGUUGUUGUUGGUUUUUUGGUGGUUGGUUGUUUAGGUUUUUUUUUCUUUUAUUGACCAAAGAUUUUGGGGAGGUCAUGUCCAAACUCCAGAUUCUCCUCAUCUAGGUAAGGCUGCCUUGGAAUCUUUCUGUACUUGAAACUACCAAAAAAUACAUUAAAAAAAAAAAGAAAAGAAAAAGAAAGGAAAGAAAAGAAAAGAAAAAAAUCAGAAAAGAAACAAGCAGUAUCCAGCACUGGAGCUUUCUGCGUUCAGGAUCUCGGCACUGAAACUGGAGAUGUUAAAAUGAUGAAACCAUCUGUCCCUCUGGAGCAGUGCACAGCAGCCAUGAUAUCUCCUCUGGUCCUCCGUGGAAGGUACAUUGCAGCCUGCUACUGAACUGUUAUGACAUGUCUCUAGCAAUCAGAAAGAAAAGCUGGGAAGAGCAUGUGACCCAGUGGAUGGGAUUGGCUUUGGAGUCUGUGGAGUAUAACACAGCAUGUCGUCACGGACUUGUAGCUGAUAACUUGCAGACAAGUAUGGAAAAAGAUGAGGGUUUGAGUGUGGACCGGAAAGAAAAAUGUGCUUCGUUUCCAGAGUGCUGUUAUAGUGGAGAGCUGAUUGACUUCCCUGCAAAGCAGUUGGGAAAUGUUUCAAAGGAGGUGGAUGAAAACGAUAACCAUGAGGAUGAGGAGCAUUUUCUGGAGGCCAGCACAGAAACUCUAGUCCAUGUGUCUGAUGACGAUGAUGAUUAUUCAGCACUCAACCUGGAUAGCAUUAAUUACCAUGUCACUGCUGUGGGAAGGGAACCAGAAGAUGAAGAAAAGAGUUUAAAUGGAGCAGGCUCCUUAACACAGAUGGUACCUAUAACAGAGGAUAACAAGGCAGCUGAAGCAUCUGGAAUAAUUGGAGAUACAAGUAAGGAACCUGGUUGUGACACAGUUCCUAAGGAGGAGAUGGAAGAUGUUUGUGGUAGUAUUGGCCAAAGCCUGGAGCUUUGUAAUUAUGAAGGUUUAAAUGAAGUAGUAGGUGUAGAGAAAGAAAAUCGAUCUAAUUCUCCAAAUGCGAAAGAAAUUAUUAUGCCUGGGAAGCAGCUGCUUCAUACUGCUGUAAUUGCACAACAGCGCCGGAAAUCUGAUGCUUUUAAAGACGGGCUUGGAAAGUCUGAGUGUAAUGUGGUAGAGAGUGGGAUUUCUUCUGAAUCAUGCACCAGCAGUGAUAGACAACUAUGCUCAGCAGUGGAAUCCAGCAACUGCCUUGUGCAAUCUUCUCCUUGCUCUCACAUCCCAGCAGUGGAAAAUGGUCUGGAAGAGAGUGGUUUCACAGAACCUCAAGUGGCCCCUGAAAACAAAUGCCUUUCAAAUGUCAGUUCAGCAGAAGACAUUCAGUGUUUACAUAUAAGGAAUCAUUCGACCACACAAGAACAUUCAGACAGUCAAGUGAAACUGCGCAAAAGAAAGGAAGUAACGGAAGAUCGGGAUCAAUCACGACUGGAUUCAAUGGUGCUGUUAAUUAUGAAACUGGACCAGCUUGACCAGGAUAUUGAAAAUGCUCUCAGUGCAGGCUCCUCCCCAUCCAGCACCCCGACAUACAAACGGAGGCAUAUACCUGAUGUUGAAUCUGGCUCUGAAAGUGGAGUGGAUGUUGCUUCAGUAAGUCACUCACAAACAAACUUAUCUCCUAACAUCCAUGCUCCUGACCUAGCAUCUCCCUGUUUGGUAGCCAGCUCUGGAGCUAAACCAAAGGCUGGGGCUAUGCCAGUUAUUUCAGAGAAGGAGAAGGCUGAAAUCGAGGCCAAGGAAGCUUGUGACUGGCUGCGGGCUGCUGGAUUCCCGCAGUAUGCACAGCUUUAUGAAGAUCUCCUUUUUCCAAUUGACAUCGCUCUAGUCAAGCGAGAGCACGACUUUCUGGACAGAGAUGCUAUUGAAGCGUUAUGCAGGCGCUUAAAUAAUUUAAACAAAUGUGCAGUGAUGAAGCUAGAAAUUAGUCCCCACAGGAAAAGGAGUGAAGAUUCGGAUGAAGAUGAACCUUGUGCAAUAAGUGGCAAAUGGACUUUUCAGAGGGACAGCAAGAGGUGGUCAAGGCUCGAAGAGUUUGAUGUGUUUCCUCCAAAACCGGACUUGAAUACCCCCUCCCCAGAAGCUCCUCACCUUACCAAUGCGGCAAGCCGUGAGAGUGUGCUAACAGAUCUCAGUGAACGCCAGGAGGUGGCUUCUAUUCUGAGCAUCAGCAGCACCAGCAGCCACCAACCAACCCUGCAGAGUGAGGCAUCUACCACCAGGACAAACUCGGUCGUGAGCGUUUGUUCGUCAAGCAAUUUCGCAGCAAAUGAUGACUCGUUCAGCAGCCUGCCCUCGCCCAGGGAGCUGAGUAGCUUCAGCUUCAACACAAAAGCCAAUGAGAAGAACGCCAAGUCCAAAACAAAGAGCCUGCUCAAGAGAAUGGAGAGCCUGAAAAUCAAGAGCUCUCACCAUGGCAAGAGCAAAGCUCCUUCAAAGCUUGGCCUUAUUAUUAGUGGGCCCAUCUUGCAGGAGGGCAUGGAUGAAGAUAAACUGAAACAACUUAACUGCGUGGAGAUUUCAGCCCUCAACGGCAAUCACAUCAGCCUCCCCAUGGUACGAAAGAGGAGUGUCUCCAAUUCCACCCAGACCAGCAGCAGCAGUAGUCAGUCUGAGACGAGCAGUGCCGUCAGCACACCCAGUCCCGUCACGCGAACACGCAGCCUCAGUGCGUACAACAAAAGGGUGGGCAUGUACCUGGAAGGCUUCGACCCCUUCAACCAGUCAACUUUCAACGAUGUGAUGGAGCAGAACUUCAAGAACCGGGGAAGCUUUGCAGAAGACACUGUGUUUUUUAUCCCUGAAGAUCACAAGCCUGGCACUUUUCCCAAAGCACUCUCCAACGGCAACUUCUCCCCAACAGAAAGCAGCGCCUCUGUGAACUGGAGGACAGGGAGUUUCCAUGGGCAUGGCCAUCUCACCCUCCGAAGGGAAAACAGCGGUGACAGCUCCAAAGAGCUGGGCAUGGGGAAAAGGCGCAACUCCUCCAGCUCAGUGAGCAGCCGCCUGAGUAUUUAUGACAACGUGCCAGGCUCAAUCCUGUAUUCCAGUACGAGCGACCUCGCUGACCUUGAAAAUGAAGACAUAUUCCCAGAACUAGACGAUAUCCUGUACCAUGUCAAAGGGAUGCAGAGAAUAGUAAACCAGUGGUCAGAGAAGUUCUCGGACGAAGGGGACUCUGAUUCAGCACUCGACUCCAUCUCCCCCUGUCCUUCCUCUCCAAAGCAGAUCCACCUUGAUGUAGAUAAUGAUCGAACGACACCAAGUGACCUUGACAGUACAGGGAAUUCACUGAAUGAAACAGAAGAGCCCACAGGGAUGCAGGACAGGAGGGACUCUGGGGUGGGCGCAUCACUGACACGGUCCAGCAGGCACAGGCUGAGGUGGCAUAGCUUUCAGAGCUCCCACCGUCCCAGCCUCAGCUCAGCAUCACUGCAGAUCAACUGCCAGUCCGUGGCACAGAUGAACCUGCUGCAGAAGUACUCUCUCCUGAAGCUGACGGCUCUCCUGGAGAAGUACACACCUUCCAACAAGCACGGUUUCAGCUGGGCAGUACCAAAAUUUAUGAAAAGGAUAAAGGUGCCAGAUUAUAAAGACCGAAAUGUAUUUGGAGUACCGCUGCAAGUCAAUGUCCAGCGCACAGGGCAGCCUCUUCCACAGAGCAUUCAGCAAGCCAUGCGAUACCUCCGCAACCACUGCCUGGAUCAGGUUGGACUGUUUAGGAAAUCUGGAGUCAAAUCAAGAAUUCAGGCUUUGCGUCAAAUGAAUGAGAAUUCAACAGACAGUGUCAACUACGAAGGCCAGUCUGCCUAUGAUGUAGCAGACAUGUUAAAGCAAUUCUUCCGUGAUCUCCCUGAGCCUCUCAUGACCAACAAACUCUCUGAGACCUUCUUACAAAUAUACCAAUAUGUGCCGAAGGAUCAGCGUCUCCAGGCUAUCAAGGCUGCCAUUAUGCUUUUACCCGAUGAGAACAGGGAGGUCCUCCAGAUUCUUCUCUAUUUCCUGAGUGAUGUCACAGCUGCAGUGAAGGAAAACCAGAUGACACCAACAAACCUGGCUGUCUGCUUAGCACCUUCCCUCUUCCACUUAAACACUCUCAAAAGAGAGAAUUCUUCUCCAAGGGUGAUGCAAAGAAAACCAAGCCUGGGAAAACCCGAUCAGAAAGACCUAAAUGAAAAUCUGGCUGCAACCCAAGGGCUAGCUCAUAUGAUUGCUGAAUGCAAGAAGCUUUUUCAGAUACCCGAAGAAAUGAGCAGGGGCCGGAACUCAUACACGGAGCAGGACCUGCGUCCCCUCAGCCUGGAGGAGCUCCGGGGCGGCAGCAGCACCGCCGAGCCCUCUGACUACCACUGCUACCUCCAGGACUGCGUGGACGACUUGCUCAAAGAAAUGAAGGAGAAGUUUAAAGGCUGGGUCAGCUGCUCCACCUCAGAGCAAGCAGAGCUGGCGUACAAGAAGGUAUGUGAAGGUCCCCCUCUCCGGUUAUGGAAAACUACCAUUGAAAUCCCAGCUACGCCAGAGGAUGUUUUGAAUCGUUUACUUAAAGAGCAGCAUCUCUGGGAUGAAGAUCUUAUAGAUUCAAAAGUAAUCGAACCUUUGGAUAGCCAGACAGAUAUAUACCAGUAUGUCCAGAACAGCAUGGCACCUCACCCAGCCAGGGACUUCGUAGUCUUAAGAACAUGGAGGACAAACUUCCCCAAAGGAGCUUGUGUGCUUCUAGCAACCUCAGUGGACCAUGACCGUGCUCCAGUGGCAGGUGUCAGGGUCAAUGUGCUUCUGUCUAGGUAUCUGAUUGAGCCCUGCGGGUCAGGAAAAUCUAAACUUACCUACAUGUGCAGAAUUGAUUUAAGGGGUCACAUGCCAGAAUGGUACACCAAGUCUUUUGGACACUUGUGUGCAUCUGAAGUUGCUAAGAUACGAGACUCUUUCAGUCAUCAGAGUCUCGAGAGCAAGGAAGUAAAAUCCAGGUGACUACUGAAGAGGAACAGCCGUGUGCUCCACACUUCAGCAACGUAGACUUACCCAAAACAGAGGCUUGUCCGAUGCAGACCAGACUAGUGUACCAUCUGCAAGUCACGUCAUGAAGGGAUGACAGCAUAAGGACUUGAUAUUGAGCAUUACUAUAGGACUGUGGCCAUAACAUACACUUUAAAGCUGCUUCCUGUCUGUGUAAGGUCUAUAGUGUAGGCCUCGACUGGAAUACAUAGGAGGACUGUGCAAAAAAAAAAAAAAAAAAAAAAAAAAAAAAAAAAAAAAAGAAAAAGAGAAAAGUACUAUUAGAUGGUUUGAAUUGCUUCUGAGAAGCAAAAUUCUUUAAAUGCAAAAUAUAUUAUGAAAUAUGGUGAAAGCUCAUCAUUCCCAUGUGAAAUACUUAGCUUUAUGUACAUACUCAUUUUGUUAGUGUGUUGAGGGACUGGUGUAUCCACUGGAAUAGUUGGUACUCUUCAAUGUGUUCUCACUGAGAUAAGCAGAGAAAGGUUUGCACAGAGAUUAAAGUGUGAAUGUGUGUUAAUGGUUGAAAGGAUAGCAGAAGUCGAACUUGAAAUGUGUCUGGUACACUGAUAGGCAACCAGAAUGGAUUUUAGUAUGCUAGAUACAGUUCAACCUAGAAUGGGACUCCCCUGUGGACCAGGAGUAGCCAUCCUUCCCAUGUGCCAUUUCUGCAUCUUCUCAGCUCUAACCUUGUUAAAAACUCCAAGCAGAUGUUACAAGAGGCUUGCUCCGAUUACUGUCCACUCCUUAUCCAGAUGAUCUUUCAGGAGUGAUUAGCAAUUCUAUAGCAAUCUUAAGUAAAUAUACUUUUGAGCAGCAUAGCAGCUUAGAAAUAAAACGUCUAUGCAAUAGCAAAGAGAGCCAGUAACGUCAAUUGUUAAUUUGCCAAAAAAAAUCUGUUGCUUUUACUCCUACCUGCAUUAACUGUAAGUGUUUUAAUGAACUUUUAUAUAUUUUACUGUAUUCUAACCAUUCAAGAAGAAAAAGUCAACACUGGAGUUGCAGUGCUGGGAGGUGGCAGGACUCCUGCAGCAGCAGGUGGGGUGAGGCAGCUAGGAAGAGCUGCACAAGCUCUCUCCCUUUCUCUCUCUCCUUUUCCCGUUUCCCUAAAAGCUGCACGUUAACACGAACAGAACCUGGAUGUGAGCAAUUUGGAGAGUUGUAUUUGGGGGCAGAGAGAAGGGUGGGGUUUUGUCGGGUUUAAACCCUUUGGGGUAUUCCCCCCUCCUUGAGAAUCAAUGUGUAUGAACUGUAGGAGGUCUUGAGGUCCUCUGGAAAGGUCUUUCUGUAGGUUUUACUGUAAAGGUAAAGAUUGCUUUCGAGGUGCAGUAUUAAGUGAUAAAUGUAUUUUGUGGCUAGGGUAUGAAUGAGUUGCAAGAUGGAAUUUUGACUGAGACUUUGUUACCAUUGUCAGUAUUAUUUUAAGCUUUUUGAUGAAGAUUUUUUUAUUACGGCAAAUAAUGUAGUAGUACUUCCAGUAACAGUGUUCCUCAUGUGUAGGAAAACCUUGUAUAUUCUUCUACAUCAAACACUUUUGAAUUUGUAAAAUUGUAUGUUGUACAUACCAUUCUAUUGUAAACAUGUAUACUUGCCCACAGUGUACUGUCAAACAUAGAUAAAGCAUGAUAAAGAUUAUUUAAAAUAUACCUGUAUUUAUACCUCAGAUAUUCUUUUUGGGUUUUUGUACCUCAAGUAUGUUUUCUAUUGUAAAUGUGCUUUACAUGACUACGAUCUACAUGAGAGAAAGGAAAGUGUUUAACUUGCUAUAGAUGUCUGUACAGAAUAUACUCAAUAAGUGCACUAUUAAAUGUUUAAAAUUGGA